GAUUGGUUAGUUCUGCAAACACGGGAACGAUAACAACAAGCCGGGUGCGGCAAGAGUCAUUGAACGGACAAAGUCACCCAGUAUACAGCAUGGCAGGACCUCUGAAAGUGUGCAUCGUGGGCUCAGGGAACUGGGGAUCUGCUAUUGCGAAAAUCGUAGGAAACAAUGUAAAGAAGCUGCAGAAGUUUGCUCCUACUGUCAAUAUGUGGGUGUUUGAAGAAAAUAUUAAUGGGAGAAAACUCACAGAGAUCAUCAAUACGGAGCAUGAGAAUGUUAAAUAUCUCCCAGGGUAUAAGCUGCCUGAGAAUGUGGUUGCCGUUCCAAAUCUUAUUGAUGCUGUACAGGAUGCCGAUCUCUUAGUGUUUGUCAUUCCUCAUCAGUUUAUACAUAAAAUCUGCCAGGAGAUUUCGGGGAAAGUCCAUAACAAAGCUCUUGGAAUAACGCUUAUUAAGGGUAUAGACGAAGGCCCAGAGGGUCUGAAACUAAUUUCUGACAUUAUUCGUGAGAAAAUGGGAAUCGAUAUUAGUGUAUUGAUGGGGGCUAACAUUGCAAAUGAAGUGGCCGCAGAGAAGUUUUGUGAGACAACAAUAGGGAGCAAAGUGCUUGAACAAGGGUUUUUAUUUAAAGAACUUCUGCAGACCCCAAAUUUCCGUAUAACUGUGGUGGAAGAUGCAGAUACUGUGGAACUUUGUGGUGCCUUAAAGAAUAUUGUGGCAGUCGGUGCUGGAUUUUGCGAUGGCCUGCAGUGUGGAGACAACACCAAAGCUGCAGUGAUCCGUUUGGGACUAAUGGAAAUGAUUGCAUUUGCCAAAAUCUUCUGUAAAGGCCACGUGUCUACUGCCACGUUCCUUGAGAGCUGUGGCGUGGCUGAUCUCAUCACUACUUGUUAUGGAGGACGCAACAGAAAAGUUGCUGAGGCUUUUGUGAAAUCUGGCAAGAGUAUUGAACAGCUUGAGAAGGAAAUGCUUAAUGGACAGAAACUUCAGGGUCCUCAGACCUCAGCAGAAGUCUACCGCAUCCUGCAGCAGAAAGGCAUGGUAGAUAAAUUUCCACUUUUCACUGCUGUUUAUCGAAUUUGCUAUGAGAAAACACCUGUGGAGGAAGUAAUUUCUUGUUUACAGAGUCACCCAGAACAUAUGUAACUUGGGGACAAAUCUCCAACAUGACCAGUCUUCUUUUUUUUUUUUUCUUUUAUGCUGCAGAAUCCUGGAGAAAAAUGCUCCCUUUAACGCACAAAGGCAUGAAUGUGUAAAGUAUGUUAUCAUUUGCUUUGGGUCUGGUUGCAGACUAGUAAGGUUAAAGGGGACACCAAUAUAUUUAAAUGCCCCCUUUUUAUAUUGACCAAUCGUGGACCUCAUGAAAUUUGUAAUACAGAAUGUUGUAGGCAAAUGUUUAAGCAUGGUUUAAGCAAAUGCUGUAAGUAUUAUUCCUAUGGGCAGCUGACACUUGUGUUAGGGAACAUUCCUGUGCUGACAACCUAUUUUAGUGCAGAAUUCUAUUCUCCUAGAGAUCAUGGCUUGAAUUAUACUACUUUCUCUGAAAGGGAAUGAAUAUUACUAAACUAUUUGUCUGUAUUUCUGGUUCCCCCCACAAAAUUCCAUUAUCUACAUGCUGCAUUUGCAUUGUAAGGUUGGCCCUCCUGAGUUCCGAGGUACCAGCUAGACGCUGUAACACAGUGCAACUAUAUCAGUUUGUUAUUAUAUCAGCUUGGUGUUAUCAACUUUUAUUACUACAAGGCAAAAUUAUUUCAUAUUUUUGAUUAUUAUUUUUUUUGUGAACCAUACUUGUAACAUUAGGAGCACUCUUUAUAUGUCUAAGACAAAUUAAGUGGGAAGUCCUAUUUUAAGUGUACAUCUUUUAAACAUGUAUCUUCUAUUGUAUUUCAUGAUUUUAUCAUUGAUGCAUAUUUUAUAAAAUCCUAGUACUGUGCCAUUCCACAACGCAGUAAUCCGCACAUGAGAUUUACCAUCACACUAUUAAAUCAUUCGGUAACAAUU